AUGUCGGACGCGACAGAAACACCGACGGCGCAAUCUCUGCACCCAGGUGGGCGAUACUACCCGGGCCAACCCCGCCCAGACCACCCUAGUUCCGAUAUCCCGUCUAGCAAUAAUGGGCCAAACAACCCUAUCGAUGAUGUAGGCAUUAGCAGAGAUUCCCGACCGACCGAAGAAGGAACAUCCGAUCAUCUGGGAUCCAGUUCGUUUGGUUAUGGUGACACAAACGCACUCUACGAAGGAUUGCUCCACAGUCAGGGGCUUGUGGACCGCCGCAGCGUUCCGAUUUGCUUUUUGGGAAGAGAAUUGGAGGCGCAUUUUCUACACUAG